AUGGCUACCGCGUUGCAGCUGCCCGCACAGGACGCUGGUCCAGUCACUCUUGCAUCUCCGCGCGCACACAUGACCGACACCCCCGCUCGUCUCUCCGUCACCGAUCUCGACCUCCGCGACACAAGGUACCCCACGCUCAACUCGUCGCGCUCUAGCUGGAUCAACUAUCCCGUCAACGGGUCGCCAAGGUCCUGGAUGAGCGAAAAGCUCGUAGAGGACCCCGCGGAGGAUCCACAGCCUGCGCAGGGUGCGUCUUCUGGCCUGGCCAUGAAACAGCCGCUCCAGGCGCAGUCGUCAAACGCGGACGGCACGUUCCCGCCCUACGCACCCGGUGGCAGCUCACCCCGCCUGGUUGACCGCUUCAGCCGCGACGAGUCGCUCCAGCGCCGCCCCUCCAAAGGCUCCGAACGCAGCCGCCCCCGUGCAGACACCUCCCCAACUCAAGACAUGGGCCAGCGCACAUCUACUUACCGCCAGUCUCAGGAUCAGUUUGGGUCACUGGCGCCACCGACAUCCCGCCAGCCCUCAUUGCCAGCACCGGGGAUCAGCGCUGGUCCGAGCGCUUCGCCCAGCUCGCCUAUGGUCGCGCUGGCUCCCGGCCCCUCGUAUACUCCGUCUGCGAUGCAAGUACAUAUCUCCCCGAAGCCUCGGGCAUCCGCUCAGUAUCCUACAUACAUCAAUCCGCCCCCUGGGCGUAACCCAAUGAACCCUGCAUUCGCGCCUGCGCAGAUGCCCAAAGAGGAGGUCUGCGUCGAGUGCGCGAUGCGCGACCAGGACAUGGCCGACGUCGAUGUGACAAGCCCCGGCGUGUGGGAGCGCGAGAGCGACGUCUUAUACGAAGAGCUUGUCCACCGGGAACAAGAGGAAGAGGCGACUGGAAUUCGGUACCCAGACAGUGCGUCGCGGCCGCCAGCAGGGGGACAACCUCUGUCCGAGGAGAACAUGCGCCUCUGGAUAAGCAUGAAUCCAAAAGAGCCGUCAUCGCGACAGCAAACGCUGGACCAAUAUGUCCGGUCACAGCGGACAUUGCUGGAGGCGGAGGCAUUGGCUCAUGCCCGGGCUAUGCAAGAGGCCAAGCAGUUGGAGGACAGAAUGCGCAACACCUACUCUCAGCUGCGCCGUUCGGCGUACGAAUUGGGUACCACCCUGCAGGUGACGGAGAACGAUGGUGUCCGCGUCAAGCCACCACGGACAACUUCCAUGCCUGCCGCUGCCGUGCUCGCUGUCAACACUGCUAAGAACGGUCAUGAAGUCACACUUCUUGAGAAUGGCAUGAUUGUCGAGCACGUUGACAUGCGCAAAGAGGAGAAGGAGGAGCGUGAGCGUCGUCGUCGUGAAGAGCGGCGAGGUCGGGCACGCAAGUCGUCGCGCAGCUCCGUUGUCGAUGUCGCGUCAGUGUACUCUAUGCCCAUCCCUGGACAGAAGCUGCACACCGACAGCGGUUAUUUCUCUGGCGGUGUGAGGGGCAGCGAGUCGCGCGUGUCGCAGUCAUUCUCACCGCGGCCGAGUAGUGUGCUCGCCACUGGUGCGGAUCGGCCGCACAUGUUGCCGCGGGCGUACUCGCAGGCGUCGUUCUCCGAUAUGCAGAGUAUUGGCUCGUCGGUGUCUCCCAGGCGAUCGCGGUUCUUUGGAUUCAAAAACCUCACUGCCGGAUGGCGGAGUCAGGAGAGCUUUGCGCCAUCAGGCAGUAUGAUGGACAUGCAUGUUGCUCUUCAGCAUGAACAACAGUAUCUUCAGGAGCAUCCUCCGGAAAUGGCGAGCAAUACUUCCACUUUGCGUGUAGGUGAUGCGUAUGCAAAGGAAGAAGCCCCGUCGCGCACGGAGACUCCCACCACGCAACCUGCGAAGAAGAAGAACGGGUUCAAGAAGAUCUGGAAGAUAGUGACUGGCUCAAAGAACGGAUCAGGCCAGAAGGGCCGUGAUGCGGCUCGGUCGGUCGACAAGGCUGAGGACGACACCCCUCUCGCGCCACCUCCGCCACUGUCGUACCUGGUUGACAGAGAACGCGGUCCCUCGUCCAGACGGCACGUCUCCACUCCCUCGCUUCCUUCUUCCGUUUCACCUAACGCGAUGUCCCUUCACGCACCGUCACCGCCUACCGCUCCCUCCAGCCUUGCACCCUCACCAACGUCGUCACGACAACCUAUCAAUGAUAGGGACAACGUCAGUGAGCAUCGCAAGAACAGUAGCACUCUGGAUGUCGAUCAAGACCAUCAAGGACCAUCAGGCGAAUGCAACUCGCCCGAGUGUGAAGCUCGUGGCCGAGCUACACAAAGCUCGUCAAAGACGCUUUCGAGCUACAUGGGACCGCAAACGCCGGCUACAGCUUAUUCGCUCCGUCCACAAUCCAUCGCCAUACGACGAGACAAGUCUCUCCCGCCGCUGCCAGGAGAGUCAUCCGUCGAGUUCCCCGACAAUCUGCUACCCGACAUGCGCCCCCAGACCAUGUUCACGUACAAUCACAUUCCUAUGUCGUUCUCUGGUGAUCUAUCGCCCAACAGGCUGCUCCCACCAAAUGCUCCGUUCCGGACGGCUGACCAGCGGCGGCAAUCAUUCGGCGGCGUGGCCUCCGCACCUCAUCCUGCAGCUCGUAGUCUGCCUGCUAAGGGCCUGCUCGGACUGGUCACACCGGGACCCGCCGCACCCUUCCAGGCGGAGGAGCGCUAUGGGGAGUUCGGUGCUUCGCGACUGUCACUUAGCCAGUGGGACAGUGCACGAGGCUCGCAACGUUCCCGCGAUGGCACCGCCAAGCCAAAGCAACGGCGCAGCAAGUUCGGUCUCGCGUCCCUGUUCUCUAAGAAGUCGCACGGAGGCGACAGUAAAGAGAGCGGGUAUCCCGAGCCGGAGUACUCUGUUUCUGGGUUCAGAUCGUCUGGCUCAGAGCAGGAUGCCGCGCCAACGGGGAACUCGUAUGAACCCGGAUCCGCUCACAGUAGCCAUGUUCAGAGAGCAUCGAUUGCAUCUCGGAAGAACAUCGCAGAAUUGGUCGAGCAGGACCGGGAGUUCGUUGCAUAUCGGUAUCCAUCCACAGACCAGCGUUUCGAUCUGGGGUCAUAGUCUGCUCUCCUGCCUCCUGCCGCUUCAGCACGAGCAAAACCGUGCACACGCGGCCCCAACGCGUGCACUUGCUUGCUGCGUGAUUCGUCCUCCACUCGUCUCUCACUCACCUCCCUCCAUAAUCGUAUUUCACGCACGCUCCUUUUGCUCAUCUCUUGGGUCCCACCGUCUCGUUUGUUAUUCUUUUGCAUCGCACCACUUACCUCAUCGUACGGACUCAUCUUUCAACGAUUGCCCAGGCUUGAUCCUACAUGUUCAUUGCACGGACGGUAUAGUACCUAUCGAUAAGUCUUCUUUACCUGUAUGCUAGAUUAUCAGAGCCAACAUUUGCACAUAUUUUGGCAGC